CCAAAGAUGGAGAGCCAAGCGCUAAGGCCAGUCGAAGCAUCCGGAGUCGCCUUCAGAGCUUCCUCUGUUUUAUUACUCUGGAGAUGCUUCGUACCAUUCAACAGUGGACCACCCAACAUGGACAUCAGGAGCAGCAGGAUUGGUUCAUGGAUCUCCCGGAACUAAUGGCAUUUAUUUCAGUCAUUAUCUUGCGGGGGGUGAACAAGGUUCCAUCACUAUGUGACAGCUGGUCAGCAAACCUGGGAAACCCAACGAUCAUUUCAACUAUGGCCCGAAACCGCUUCCAAAACAUCAUGCGACACCUACGCUUUGAUGACAUGUUUACACGCCGUGAGCGAGCGGAGACCAACAGAUUCGCUGCAAUCUCUGAUCUUUGGGAAUCGUUUGCCGCUAACUGCAUCUCAUCCUACAGCCCUGGUCGACACAUCACUGUUGAUGAACAGCUUUUCCCCACAAAAACCCGCUGCUGUUUCCUUCAAUACAUAGCAACAAAACCGGACAAGUUUGGCAUCAAGUUUUGGGUGGCUUGCGACUUGAAAUCACAGUACAUCUGUAAUGUCUUCCCAUAUCUUGGCAAGGACCCCAGUCGUCCCAGCGGGGAGAGACUGUCCGAGACUGUAGUGAUGAGGCUGAUGGAACCGUUCAUGGACAAGGGCAGAACUGUAACCACGGACAAUUUCUUUACAUCACUGUCACUUGCGCAACAACUGCGUAGCCGGAAAACCACCAUCCUCGGCACAGUCAACAAGAGAAGCCGGGAAAUUCCUCAAUCCGCUAGACAGAUGGAUCGCACUGAAUUCACCACUCAGGUGUUUUCAACCUCUGAUGCCACGCUGACUGAGUAUGUGCCCAAAAGGAAGAAGGUCGUUUACAUUCUCAGCAGCAUGCACAGCGUGGUUGAGACUGAGGAUACCACCAGAAGAAAGCCAAACACCAUCAAACAAUAUAACAAAGCAAAGUGCGGUGUGGAUGUGAUGGACCAAAUGGUGCGGGAGUACAGCGUGCGUGCAGGAACACGGAGGUGCCCAGUUGCCGUGUUCUACAACAUGAUUGACAUGGCAGCACUGAAUGCGCAUGUGCUGUAUCAGGCAUGCACUGGGGUGCAGGAGAGACGGGUGGACUUCCUGGUGGAGCUCGCAAAAGAGUUGGCUAACUCUCAUGUGAGUGAGAAGAAGGCGUGCAAGGAGCAACUGCUUUGCCAACAACCUGCCACACCCAGCCCAGGCAAAAGGGCGAAGUGCCAAAUCAACCGUCGAUGCAUUAAAAAUAGUACAAAUAGGAGAUGCGUUGACUGCUUCAAAUACGCAUGUGGCAAAUGCAGCAAGCCCAUGAACUGGCAGUGCCAGAUGUGUGCCGACAGUGCAGACAGUGCACAGAAUGAGGGCUGAAAUGCCACUGUGCCUAUUGCAAAUAAUUGUGGAAUUGUUUUAUUUCUUGUAUUUUUUUUUAUUGUUUUUAAUGACAAAAAUAAAAAGCAUUCAAACAAAUAACAGUUGUUCUUUUGUAUAUUUUUUUUGUAUAUCUUCUGUAUAUCUUCUGUAUCCUCUUCUCCAUCCUGCUUCUUGCAAACUAAAAAGCCUCUUGACCUCUUGACUUAGACACAAAUACAUCGGGUACCUGUCUGUAAAAUUUCUAAUUCUCCAUUUAAAAUAUUAAAAAUAAUUAAUUGUGCUUUUUUGCUAAAAUAAAACUAAGCUAAAUAUAACAUAUAUAUAAUCUUUAUAUUAUAUAAGCAGGGAAAUUACUUCGCUUUUGCAGCAUAGAGAAUAGAGACUAUCUACAACUUGAAGUUGUAGAUAAAAUAAAAUAAAGAAAUAACAUGAAAUUUAAAUUGAUUAACACUAGCAUGCCAGAGAAUUUCGACCUCCCCCUGUAGUCCUGAAAGAGAGACAAAAUACACUGAGUCCAAAAUGCAAAAAGCUGAUGAAUCCAAUUAGCAUCCUUUCAAUUUUAUAUGUAGCCAUUGUCUGAAGCAUCAGCGAGGAGGGAGGAGAGCCAAA